GCAACCAGCCUUAAAACGUAAGCGAAACCACAGGAAAAAAUGGCGAAAUGCGGCGGAGAAUGGAACUUUUCGGGCAGCGAGGCGGCGAGAGAGGCGGCGGCGAGGUCGUUGAGCAAGGUGGUGUCGAACAUCAAAGCAAAUACCGACCCCAACAGCGGAAAGAUCGUACUGCCGCCCUCCGAGAACAUCAGGACUUGGCCCGGGGCCGAGAAGGCCGUGGCCGACGUCGUGGGCUCGGGUAAGGGGAACGAUUAUGCUCCGAGCAUCGGUACUCCCGAAGCCAAGCAGGCGAUUUCGGAUUAUCUAAACGGAGAUCUUCAAGGGCAAGAGUUCAAGCUAAAGCCGGAUGACGUGUUCAUGGCGGCAGGAUGCAAACAAUCGAUCGAGAUCAUAGUCGAAGUUCUGGCCAAACCAAACGCUAACAUUCUCCUUCCUCAGCCCGGGUUCCCCCGCUACGACGUCCGAGCGAUCUACAACCAAGUCGAGGUCCGGAAGUACGACGUUCUUCCCCACCAAAACUACGAGAUCGAUCUCGACCACGUCGAGAAACUCGCCGACAAGAACACCUUCGCCAUCGGCAUCAUAAACCCUCACAACCCCUGUGGAAACGUUUACUCCGAAGAUCAUCUCAAGAAGCUUGCAGAGCUUGCUAGGAAGCUGGGGAUGAUGGUGAUCACUGAUGAAGUGUACCGGUGGACAGUGUUUGGGGAGAGGCCAUUUGUUCCGAUGGGAAAGUUUGCAUCGAUCGCUCCCGUGGUUACCCUCGGGUCUUUAUCCAAAGGAUGGGGUGUCCCGGGAUGGCGAAUGGGCUGGGUCGCGUUGAACGAUCCCGAGGGCGCCCUCAAAUCCACCAAAGUCCUGCAAGCUAUCAAGGAUAACCUCGAGAUAAAUUCGAAACCCGCAACUAUAUUCCAGGCGGCUCUUAGGGAUAUCUUGGAGAAAACCCCGAACGAAUUCUUCGCGAAUAAGAACGCUUAUCUGAAACGGAAUGUCGAAUAUGGAUUCGAUCAGCUCCAGUACAUUCCCUGCCUCUACUGCCCCAUGAAACCUGAAGCCUGCACUUUCUUAUGGACGAAGCUCGACCUGUCGCAGUUGGAGGGCAUCAACGAUGACCAUGAGUUCUGCUCGAAGCUAGCUGCCGAGGAGAACCUCGUCCUCGUACCUGGAACUGCGAUGGGUCUGGAGAACUGGCUGAGGAUAUCGGUCGAGUACUCGGAUUUUUCUCUGGUGGAACAGACCUUUGAUAGAUUGAAGGGCUUCUUCCAGCGCCAUGUCAAGAAACCAAAAGCUUCACUCGAAGAUCUGAAACUCAACUGAAACCAAACUGAACAAGAAAUAAGUUGUGGACUCCGGCCCUUUGCUUCUUCUUCCGUCUCCAUCUCUGAAUAAAUUUGUCACGUGUGAAAAAAACUCCACAACGUAGCGUUUUCUCUUUUGUUUGAAGUCGAUGGCCAUGAUGUGUUUCCAUGAUGUCAUAAAUAAAGUUCAUUCGUAUCGGCUUUUGGUUUGAAGAA